CGCACCGGCCGCUUGGCUCCGAAGUCCCAGAGAAAUAUUUAAAUGGCUUCGCGCUCGAAUUUUUCGACGUUCUUUGUUUCUUUUCUCUCCUUUUUCAGUUUUUGUUAUGGGUCAGAACGUCCAUUCUUUACCUCCCAAGCACGUCGACGUACUCAUUAUAGGCGCAGGGCCUGGUGGAAGCUAUGCUGCAUCGGUGCUUGCCAGGGAGGGAAUCAAUGUGGCGUUAUUGGAAUCCUCUAAAUUUCCUAGGUAUCACAUCGGAGAGAGCUUGAUUCCCUCGAUACGACAUUAUCUUCGUUUCAUCGGAGCUGAAGAGAAAAUGGAAAACCACGGUUUUGUUCGCAAGCCUGGUUCUGCUAUCAAGUUUAAUCAGUUCAAGCGUGAAGGAUACACAGACUUCGUUGCCUUAGGACAUAACAACAAUGCGUGGAAUGUGGUCCGCUCCGAAUUCGAUCUUCUUCUUCUUAACCACGCACGGAGCAGUGGGGCAGCCGUUUAUGAGCAAACCAAGGUUACCUCUGUGUCAUUCUCUUCUGAUGAUCCAGUAAGGCCGGUGUCUGUUUCAUGGACUCACGUUCCUCCACCUUCUCCCUUAUCACCUCCGGCUUCUCCGAUCAUGGAUUUGAAAGAGUUUGAUUCGCGACGCAACGUAGACUCCACACCUAUCGAAGGAGUUACCACUUUUGGACACCUCAUAGACGCUUCAGGCCGUGAGGGGAUUUUAUCUACUAGAUAUCUAAAAAAUCGGCACUUCAAUGCUUCUCUCAAGAAUAUAGCAGUCUGGGGAUACUGGACUGGAGUGGGCACGUACGGUGCUGGGACCCCACGACAUGGAGCACCGUGGUUUGAGGCAUUGACAGAUGAGUCUGGAUGGGCCUGGUUCAUUCCGUUGCAUAAAGGCAAAACCUCCAUCGGGAUUGUAAUGAAUCAGGAGCUAUAUAACAGGAAAAACAAAUCCGACGAACCUUUAGUAUCGCCGUUCGCACCCGACACGGCACCCAACCCUACCAACUCAAGAAUGACCGCUCGAUACCUCUCAAAUAUCUCACUUGCACCGGGACUUUUCAAACUUAUCACUGCGGAGGGACGUAUGGAGACAGGAAGCGUGAAAAGUGCAAGCGAUUUCAGUUACUCUGCACCAGCCUACGCCGGUAGAAGUUAUCGAAUAGUGGGAGAUGCCGGUGCUUUCAUAGAUCCAUUCUUUUCAAGCGGAAUACACCUGGCCAUGACGUCCGCACUGUCGGCCGCUUCAACUAUUUGCGCUUCAAUCAGAGGUGAUUGCUCCGAGGAGGAGGCUGCAAGAUGGCACACCAGUCGGUUUUCCACGAGUUAUACCAGAUUCCAGGUCGUGGUGCUGAGUGCAUAUAAGCAGAUACGUGCCCAGAGCGACGGUGUGCUAGCAGAUAUCGACGAAGACAACUAUGACCGAGCGUUUUCCUUACUUCGCCCUGUUAUUCAGGGAGCGGCGGAAAUGGGCUCCAGACUCUCAGAAUCUGAACUUCAAAGAUCAUUGGACUUUUGUGUCAAUCUUUUCAAUCCCACCACUCCAGAGCAGCAUCGGCGUCUCUUUAACGACUGUAAAAUCAAGGAUUUUCUACAUCAUCGCCAAUGCAUUUCAUCUCGUGCAUAUUCAAGCGAUGACGAGAAGGACGGUUCCGACGCUAGAAUGAUCUUGAAUAAAGUCAAUGCUCGUAGGGUGGUCCAUUCCGAAUACUCCAUCAAUAAUCUAGAGUCGGAACCGCUGGGUGGGUUUGUGGUACGAUUGAAAGUCGGCGCGCUGGGUCUUGGGAGAGUGACAUCCUCUUAGCUAUUUCUGUGUAAACAAGAUAUUAAUGAACCUUGCGGGAAGCGCAAACUAACGCCA